CUCUGGAUUAGAACUGGAUUUCUUCAGGAAUCCUAUUUUCUCCUCAUUUUGCUGCAGAUGCUGAACAUCGCCCAAGAGGGUCCUGGUGACAUCACAUCCUCCCCAAAGAGCAAUGCAGCCACCCAAGCAAAGCGAGAAAGAUCAUCUCUGCUCCGCUGCACCGUCCCAAAGGAGAAGAUGGCCGGGGCUCCUGCGCUGCUCCUGCUGCUCACUCUGGGGCUCUGCUGCCCUGGGAUCCAUGGCCAGAGGUAUGAGAUGAAGAUUCGCAGCGCCACACAGCCCCAGAUGGGACAGCGACUGGAUCUGCGGUGUGAGAGCAGCAACGAGGACAGUGGCGUAUACUGGGUCCACCAGGACAAGGCUGGGACCCUUCGCUUCAUCGUCUUCAUCUCUUCCCUUUCCCGGACCACCUUUGCGGGGAAUACGAGGACAUCCAAACGCUUUGAGGCGGGGAAAGACAGCAUGUUCUACUGGUUGGUAGUGAAGUCUUUCAUGCCACAGGAUGAGGGGAACUAUUUCUGCCUCAUAAACAUCAACCAAGUGCUGUACUUCAGCUCUGGCCAGCCUGUCUUCUUCCCAGUUACCACCACAGUGGCACACACCACCCCAGCACCCACCAUCCAGCGUGGCAUCACCAAAAGGGACCCCUGCCUGAAGACCACAGAUACAGAGACCAGCAAGGAGAAAGAGCUGGAUUUCUUAUGUGACAUCUUCAUCUGGGUUCCCUUGACAGCCGCCUGCUUCCUGCUUCUCAUCGCCCUGGCAAUCACCGUCAUCCUGUGCCAACAAACCAGGAGACGAAGAUGCCGAUGUAAAAGACCUGCAAAUGGGAAGCCCAAUGUGAAACGUGGCACACCAGGACCACAUGUGUAA